GUCACUUCUUUCCGCUUCACCUCACCACCAUCCGUUCCUUGCAGUUGCGACUUGUAUCUUUUCACCCACGAGCUGACACCUUCCUUUUCUUCCCCUCAUUUGAUAUAUCCAACAUCGCAACCAACCUUAGCCUUUAUAGAGAGCAAACGGCGGGCGUGCAAAGAAGACCAGGGUCCUCCUGAACGCCAAUCCAUCUACAUCGACACAAGGAGUCGUCGAGGCAACUGGGACCAAGAUAGAGAUAAAGACCGAGCCGGAGCUUCAUACAGAGGCCAGGACCACCUCACCUCAGACGUGUGGCACUACUACAGAGGCACGCACUAUGUCACACUUCCCCUCUACCACAGUGGAUUCGCCCAGCCUUCUCUCUGAAGCAACCUUUUCCACAGUCAGUGCCACUACUACCAACACCGCCGCAGAAUCAAUCACAGGUGUGACUACACCUGAUACCCCGGAGAUGAUUAAGGACUCGUUCAUUGAUGUUCCAGUCAGGGAGCAGGAGCAGGACCUAUCAGUCCAGAACGAAACGCAUAACAGCACUGCUCAGGUUUUACCCCUGAGUGAUGAAACCAGGACCGAGAUGGAGAGGAGGGAACCAACGGGUCCGUCAUUCGGAGACCCGCUGUUGACCUCGAUCGAAGAAAAUGUUUGGGCAAUGGACGAUACUAAGGAAGCACCACUGGUUCCAGAUAUAGUCGAUGCUAUGGCCACAAAGGACACAAUCGUCACAGAAGACUCGAGGUUGCAAGAGCACGGAUCACUCGUUCCCAAGACUCAUACGGAUGUGAAUAUCGCCCAACAGCAACAGCCCGAUCAUGAAGCCGUUGCGAAUACUUCUGGCGGUUCUACCUCGCAUUCUCAGACCGGAGCAGCAUUUGUGGACAUCAUCGAAGCCGACAGUGCACCAAGACUUUCGUCAUGGGAUACCGCCAGUGAGCACGUCGCAUCAGUGACAUUACAAUGUUUGUCUCAGGACAGGGACAUGGACACAUCGUAUGUCUCUAUUUUGUCGGCUAUGACGGUGUUACAGAGCAAGCUGGAUCAGAUGCCGGAGAUCAAUGAUCCAAGCGAGCAUGUUCCACGCGAGAUUCAAGACGCAAAGACAAAGACGGCCAAGGUCUAUUCAGACAUUCUGAGGAUCAUGUGUAAGUCGAGUGUUGCGGAAUCUCUGGGCAAGGAGACAGUUCAUCAGGGUGUCAUGUCGUCCGAGGCGCUCUACACGCAGUUUUAUGGCUCCAUUCAGCAGGCUGGAUACGACCUUCAAAACGAGGCACAUUUGGCAAUGGCCCAGUACUGGAUCGAACACAAGCAGAUCGAGGAAGCACAGGAUUGUCUUGGCCAUAUUGAGCCUGCAACGUGGACGGGACCUGUGUACCGGGCAGCGAUUACGUGCCUGUUGUUUUCCAAACCACGCCAACUUCAAGACGCAGAGGCCUUGCUGCAGAAAUACAUCGACUUCAAGGAGACCACUCAGCAGUGCGCUAGCGAUGAAAAGUCUAGGAUCAGGACAUGGUACAAACUGCAGGCUGAGGCAUCCAAAUGGGAGGAGGUCAAGGCUCAAUACGAGCAUCGUCGUACUCGUCUUAUUGAAGGCCCUUCAGGUCUGGAGCGCUCACCGGCUGCUGCAGAUACAGAAUCAAGACUUACGCCCCAGGCACUGCAGCAACAUCUUAUGCAUGAACAGCAGCUCUCUCCUCAGCGGCAGCUCGGCAAUCAUGUGCGGAGUAAAUCCAUCACAUCGUCCACGACGACAUCUUCCCAUCGUCACUCUCCCUCAGUGCGCACCUCCCCGAGUCAUCAGCGAUCGCCAUCAGGGCAUCAGCGCACCCCUUCAGUAGCUCCAUCGUGGCCUUCAGGAGCCUCAGCUCCUAGUGUUAGCACUCUAGCUGCUCCAGUGGCCCAAGCACCAACCAAAGGUGCAUUUUCGUUUUUGUCAUCACUCAAGUUCACUAAGAGUAACGACGCAGAAACGACACUUAAUUCAUCGACUAUCCUUCCAAGUCGUCUCAACGUGAAUCGGCAUCUUACUCAUCUGGACAAUGGCAUGCUCGAGGAAUGCGUCGGCUACAAGGAGUUUGAGUAUGGCUGGAAGCAGAUAUACGAAAAAAUGGGACCUACGCUGGAAGAUGGUGAUACGGCCAAGAUCGCAAUGCGACUCUGCAGGCGCGCUUUUCUGGGCCAUAGCGGCCUUGACAUAAAUCGACCAGGGGCGCCAAAUUUGAUUGCCAAGGAUAUUCGCUUUGAGGAUGAGGUGGAUUAUAACGGGCUAUCAGAUCAGGACACAGCCAAAAAUCUCAAGUCGGACGCUGAGCUUUGGGAGGCACGCGCAUGGGUCAUCUAUAACAAGGCGAUGAUGAAUCCACAUACCUUCUUUGUCAACAGCAACCACUCUCACCCUCAUCCUCACUCGCAUCCUCACCCGUCAGCCGGAUCUGCGAGUGGCCAGGCGACUUCAGGACAUCUGUCCCUGGCUAGCAGUAACGGAGCAUCAUCCAUGGCUAUGUUCCUACACGACAUUCUGACGAUUGCUAAUCACUCACCGGAAGUGUCCUCGCGUUACCUGAAGGCGUUCAAGAUCUACAGUGCCAUCCGAAGUGAUCAGCAUAAUCAACAUCACCUUCGCGACCCCUUCGUGAUGACCUGCGUGAUCAAGGCGAUCUAUGACGCGGCUCUGGCGGUGGUUCACAACCCGGAUCAGAAGGCACUCCCUCAAGCAAAGAGAAGCACGGAGAUCUUAAAGCAUCAUCGUCGAUCCUCUUCGAUUUCCUUGAACCGAUCGCAACCCAUGACUCUUGGACCACUGAUGGACUUGGCGUUUGAGAUCUAUGCGGACAUGAGGAAUGUCGGACCGAUCCGCCAUAUCCCAGCAUUGAUCCUUCUAGCACCCGGCUCACCUAUAAGCACCAACAAAACCCAUAAAGCCUCACUAUCGACCGCAAGCGCUUCAUCGAUCACCGAAGAACCCGCCGAGCUCGAAAACACAUCCACCGUCUCGGUCUCGCCAAGAUCAUCGUUCACUGCACUCAACGUGCCCGUCUUUCAGGAGCUCAACCCGACCUUGAAGCCGAAUUCUCAGGCUCGACGACUGCCAACCGAGCUAUACUUGGCUCUUUUGCAUCUGUGCGCUCAGGUACCUGUGUUCAAGAUUUCUUCGCAGGUGGUCAAGACGAUUGUCAGCGAUAUGUCCUCAGACUUUGGACGACCAGCGUGUCGGUUGGACUAUCAUCUAGCAGCAGCAUUGCAAUACUAUCAUGACACAUGGAUGUGUCCCUUGGAGACGGUGGCGACGACGGUAAUGACUGCAGAGUCAGAUCAGCAACAGGAUAGGGAGUCGAAAAAGUGCGUAUACCAUGAGUGGAUGUACCAAUCAGACGACUUUGUUCAGAAACACAUUGCGGCUACUCGGCAACUGUCCUCGACUCCGGACCUGCCCUUGGCGGAGGAAGCAGAAGAGUUGCAUUCGUCUUCGGAGGGAGGGCCGGAAGAGACUUGUAAUGACGAGUUUUAUUGGGAUAUGUGGUCAAGCGAGGACGCGGAAUUAAGGAGGGUUCGAUACUCAGGGACGAAGGCCAGGAUGCUUUGGAAGCAUGUCACACAAGCACUCUUGUAAAUAGAUAACAAUCGUUGAAUACGAUAUGCCACUACCAUCUCUCUGCUCCUUCCGACUUGCGGGUAAAGACUAAUGGUACGAGAUGUAUAGAGCGAUCAUUGGGGUCUUUUGGAUGCAGCGCGACUGCACUACACUUGAGGAUAGGAUCGGCCUACGCUCUGUGUGGUCAGUCCUAGGAAAUGAAAACCUAAAAAAUGUGAUCGGGCGCAGGGUGCUGUGACCCGCUUGAGCACCUCCUCCACAAACCCCGACGGCUAAAGUGAUAACUCCUUUACCA